UAUGUUGUAUAUGUGAGGCAAUUAAGCUCCGUGUGAAUCAACAAUAUCCGUGCACAUGUCUAUUAGUCCUCCCCUGAGACAAAAGACCCAAAGUACUAUCCAAAUAUCACUCUACUUUCUCAUCUUCGAACGUUAUCCUCUUCCCUGACAAAAAUUACUGGAAGCUCACAAUGAUGGAGAAACUGUACAGGAAACUUCGUUCUACUAGAGCGUCCAGUUCUACUUACAGACCUCUUUGCAAAGACGAGUCGUCCAAGGAAGAUAUUUCUACAUCAUCUGAUGGAUUACUUGAAUCCAAAGACAAUGAAAGUCUGGACUUUGAUGUCAGCCCACGGAAUCAUAAAAGCAGAAGUUUCAUAUGGGGUGUUGUAAUUCAUUUUUUUAUAUUUGCGACUUACACCGUCGGGUUUUUUGCUGCAAGCAGCUCCUACAGACACCCAUCAGGGCCACCUAUACUGGUCUACAGUAAGAAGAACAACCAAUUGGAAGCUCUUUCCUGAGUGAUGACUGAUAUUGUAAAAUAGCACCUGCGGCAGAAGCUUUACAGUAUGAGAAAGUCUUUUAUAAUGGCACGCUGCUCGCAAGCGUUCCUUACAAGGGAGAUCCAAGUCCAGUAAGCUUUCUAGUUCAAGCCUAGCAUGGUAACAUAAUGAUUUAUAACGGUGUAUUUUAUAGGAACUUGACCUAGCAUGGCAUAAUCUAGUCAAAAACAAUAAUAUCCGAAUCAGCAAAGAAGAGCUUGAUAAGUUGAAUAGAACAGCUCUUCCUCUCUCUGAUGGUUCUGGAUAUUUCGGCGAACUAAAUGUUUAUCAUCAUUUGCAUUGCUUGGUAGGUUUAAGACAUCUAAAAUCCUCGUCGCAAGGAUGGAGUUGACAUUUGGCAGAAAUUCAUCAGAGAAGUUUUCUACGCGGAAUACUAUCCUGAUGCUCAGGGACCAACGACAAAAGUGCAUGUCGGUAAGUUAUCAUGAUUUUCCUUCCUUUGAGUUUAGAGCGGUACUGAAAUCGAGAUAGAUCAUUGCAUUGAUGAUAUUCGCCAAGCUCUAAUGUGCCACGCGGAUACUUCCAUCAUUACAUUUAAUUGGGAAGAGGGUAUUAGACGACCUAUGCCUGAUUUCACUAAGUAAGUAUCUUCACAUUCCUCACCAAUCCUCGGAUAUCGUGAUGCUAAAGUGAAAUAGUUUGCAUACAUGCACCAACUGGCAAGUCCUCGAUGAUUGGGCAACUGCCCGUGCAUUCUCAAUGUUCGAUCAGAAAUCGUUAAUUAAUCCCACAUAUGGUGAGCUUUUGGUUUAUCCAUUGUUUUAUAUCUUUGAAUGGGGAACUGAUAGACUUGAAUGACAGGAAUUGCAUUCCCAAAGAUUGAUGGGAAGAUUGAUUAUACAGCCCCUAGUGAAGAGGGCUUCCGUGUUGUUUGGCCGGAAGAUUUGGAUCAUGUUCAUGUUUAGAGAUAUACUUUGAAAUGAUUAGAAGUUUAGAAGUAUUGAUCCGGCUAUUUUCGUGCAUGUAUUCCAGACCAUUGUACAACAUUCUUAUUCCAAAUGAAUUACAUUGAUUUCGGAAUAGACUAACUCAUUGAUCAGAA